UUUAAGAUGUCUGCGCCCAUUAAUUUAACAAUAAAGUGGAAUGGACAAGAAUAUGUUCUGACGGAUCUAAAUGACACACAAACCAUCAAAGAUGUAAAGGAAGCGAUUGAAACACUUACUGGGGUUUUGCCUAAAAGGCAAAAACUUCUUGGUUUAAAGUGCAAAGGUAAUGAUAGAGCGUUAUACUAAGUCAAGUUAAAUAAUACGAAUAUGAAAAUUAUGAUGAUGGGAACACGAGAAGAAACCAUAGCUUCUGCAAAUGAAAAGCCCAAAGAUGUUCCUGAGGUUAUUGAUGACUUUGAUGUAGAUGAUGAAGUUAUCCUUACUGAAAAUAGGGAAGAAUUUUUAAAAAAGAUAGAGAGGAGAAUACGUGACUACAAGAUCGAGGAAAUUUCCCCACCUAGACCAGGGAAGAAACUGCUAGUACUCGAUAUAGACUAUACAUUAUUUGAUCAUCGCUCCGUUGCUGAGACAGCCGUUGAAUUAAUGCGCCCCUACUUACAUGAAUUUCUGACGGCUGCAUAUGAACAUUAUGAUAUUGUCAUUUGGUCUGCAACUGGUAUGAAAUGGAUUCAAGCUAAGAUGCAGGAGCUAGGUGUUACUAAGAAUCCUAAUUAUAAGAUAGUGUUCUACAUAGAUAGUGGUGCAAUGAUAUCUGUUACUACACCAAAAUAUGGUGUAGUUGAAGUGAAACCAUUAGGAGUAAUCUGGGGGAAGUAUGAACAGUACAACAGCAAGAAUACCAUCAUGUUUGAUGAUAUACGACGUAAUUUUCUUAUGAACCCACAAAAUGGACUUAAGAUCCGACCUUUCCGACAGGCUCACUUAAAUCGUGACUCGGACCGAGAAUUAGUUCGGCUGUCGCGGUAUCUGAGAGACAUUGCAGCGUUGGAUGACUUAAGCAGUUUGAAUCACAGGCAUUGGGAAAAAUACAGUCUUAAGAGACACCACCAGGAUGAGCCAGAGUGAGGUAAAAUAGUCACUUAAUUCAUUUAAGCUGGACACCUAUUGUGUCUUACGACGGUCAUAUGACCACCGUUCGAAGAAUCCAGCGCCACUCAGUGUAAGUUCUAGAUGCUUUAAUUAGUGUCAUCCUCCUCCUAGGAUUGGUCCACGAGGUGACAAUUUUUUCUCCUCCAUGUUUUGUCUGAGCUUCCUGUUAAAUUAUUAUGUUUUUAAUACCAAGUAAACCCCUGUGGAUUUGUUGUUGCCAGUCCAUCUUUUUGAUGGAGUUCUCUCUUGGUCUCUUUACAUCAGGGGUGGGCAUAAAAGUCGGUUGGAGGGCCAAAGCAAAUUUUCUAUUUUAUACAGAGGGCCGCACCCAAACUUUGAUGUUUCCAGUGUGCUUUCAAAAACAUUCAUGCACUGUUUUUAUACUACCUUAUUCUCAAUUUUAAUAUUACUUUUUACAGAUGAUUGGUGUCGGGUCAUAAAAAACAAAGUAUUUUCUACCAAAAGAUGUUUGGCAGGCCACAUACAUAUGGUUUUUAAUUCAAUUUCAUGGGCCGCAAAAAAAUCACUGUCGGGCCACACCUUUGCCCACCUGUGCUUUACUUGGACUCUACCUUCUAAUGUGAUAUUUGAUUAACUUUCAUUUUUUCAUUCUUUUGUACAAUACAAUUUAACAAAUAAUCAGUCAUUAUGUAUGCUUUAUUUAUUUCCUAUCAAUGCUUGCAUAGUAAUCUUAACAUAUAUGUGGGUAGUAGUCUACCCAGGUAGAAACAUGGUAUUUAUGUAUACAACUAUUAUUCACAUGUUUAGUUCUGUAAAUUUAAACUUCCAUGAUUUGUCAUAUAAUAAAAUCUGUGUGUAUAUUUAUCAACAGAGGGCGCUAUAGCAAAUUUUCCAAGGGGAAUAGCACUGUUAUGUAAAUCAUCGGUCACUUCUUUUAAUAACAUUUUUUAUUCAAUCCUCUUUUGGACCUGAUCUUAAUUCUGGUGUGUAUUCUUAUAAAUGUUGACCUUCUAAUUUUUGGCUUGAAAUGUUAGAAAUUAAAUUGUGAACAUGGAUCUGUAUUAAAAAUUUAAUUUUAGCCUGGCAGCAUUAUCUCAGAAAAACACAUGUCAAAUACAGACAUGUUGCAUUUGCUUUUAUUUCAGCCGCACAAGUUCAAUUUCAGGUGACACAGUAGACUUCUUAGUAGACAGAUCCUCUAGGUAAUAGUACGCCCCAGAUAUUAGAAUGUCGCAAGAUUUAAUUAUAAUAAUAUAUAUCCGAGUAUUAUUCACCCAAUCACAAUUGUAAGCUAUUAUACAACAAUAGAGAUAAGGUAGAUGGAACUUUUAGCCUGGUUUCCAUAAAAUUCAUUCAGUCACCACAAUGUCUAACUUGUAGCCUCAGUAAGCCAUUUCGUGGUUUGAACUGCAUGUGCCCGUAUCAAAGAUCAGUCGACAUAAACCUAUGUUGUAUGUAUGAUUGUUUAUGUCAUUUGACCUUGAUACGGGCAUGCGCAGUUCAAACUACGAAUUAGCUUAUAUGCUAAGCCAUUCUGUAUUACUUAUUUUGUUGUCGCUGUUUGCGCUUUGCUACUGCAGUCAUUUAUUGUUAUUCCCAUGGAGUUUUUGAGAAUAUCCACUUGGGUUCAGAAUGACCCAUCUGGGUUUUUCUAGUGGCUCCUUGAGAGUAAUAGUACAUUGCUUUUGUGCGUGUUGUGCUGUGCUGCGCUGCGAAUAAAUUUCAGAUUUUAAUUUUUCAAUUUUUUGGAUACGCUGUUUUUGCUCAUUUUGACUUUCAUAGAACAGAAAUAUUUAUUUCAUGUAUUUUUCCUUAAAUCAGUGGAGAAAAUUUGUACAGCAAUUUAGUUUGCUUUUCGUUUAUCCCUUCUCGGAUUUUUGGUCUGUUGUUAUUUUUGUUUUGCAUUUUUGUUGUUUGAUGAAAUAAAUGAAAUGAAAUGAAUGAAAUAUUCACAAUACUCAAUUCAUUGUGUUGGCAGCAUACUAAGCCAAUAUAAUGCUGGAAAUGAAUUACUAUAUUUGUUGUAGUUUCUUUUUUUUUUUGUCCUACAGUUGAUAUGCAUAUGAUGUUAAUCUUCACCUUAAUCUUCUAACUAGUUUUUAAUUCAAUUUUAAUCCUUCCCUUAGGUAAUAGGUCUGAUUAGCACAAGAACUUAGUUGUGUCAAUCCCGCUGAUUCCUCUGGGACAAAUAUUGGGUCAGCAUUCUAAUUCACAUUCUCUCUUGGGAGGUCAAUAAAAUAUGUUAUGCAGGGUUAAAGGACAAAACCUAAUAAUAUUUUGUGACACUUAAAAAAAAUAAUAUUACAGGUAAAGUGCUAUUUCUUCAUUAAAAGACUAUAAUUUACUUAGAGUAAAAAGUGUAAAUACCUUCUAGGACCACUUUAAAUUUCAUUAUUUUUUAAAAUAUAUUAUAUUUUCACCAUGAUAUGUGAUAUGGUAAUGUGGUCAUAACCCAUAUCUUGAGGUUUGAAUGUAGUAGGUUUUUGAUUGUUUGCAACAAUCACUUACAGGGCAGUGUAUCUUGUGUACUUCAACAAUUUUUAUAGAGAGUGAACCUCAAAACCUAGGCUGAUAUGUAGGACUCUCAAAGUGUCUUCGUUUGUUGAUUUGUAAGUCCAAAAUCACAAAGGAAGAUCCAUUUCCAACAACGGUUUCUUCAUCUAGUUCAACCCAGGCAUGCCGCCCGGGGACUUGUAGAUCUCACAGUCAUUAAUGCUGUGCUUGAUGGUUUGUGGCUCCCCACAGUCACAAUUAGGUAAGAUUAUAUCUAAUUCAUAAGUAUGCCAGACAUGUACAUGUGAUAUCAUGUUAUAUAUUCAUCCGUACCAAUCAAAUGUUGAAAUGAAUUGAACAUUUGUACUGUAAUGGAAUUGGUGUAAUUGUACCUGAUGACCUUGUUAAGCUUAUAGUGUGAAAGACAUUACACUUGCUUUGUAAUGAUGAAUACAUGACCUGUCAGAAUGAUCAUUUAAGCAUCUACUUUAGGACCUCAGUAUGGUUUAACCCAUAACCUUAUAAUAGUUCAUUACUUCCUGUUCAAAUAAUGUCUUAUCAGUCAUUCGUCACUCAACUACUUUUUUUUUUUUUUUUUUUUUUUUUUUGCAUUACUUUAUAACAUGUCAGACAUUAUAUGGUCAACUCAUUACUAGUCCAUGAUAUUCUCAGCUAUCACUCAGUUCUUCACUCAUUAUGGCGAUCACUUAUCCAUUUCUUGGCCACCACUUGCCCAUUAUAUUAUGGCAAUCAGUCAUCCAUUUCUUGGCCAUCAUUUGUCUGUUACUGUACUUGCCCACUUAGUUGGCCAUCAUUCAUCCAUUUCUUUGCGACUACCAAUUUAUGCUUGGUCAUGUCUAGGUUGUCAAUAAUUUUUUAUCACUACCAUCAUUGUUUUAAUUUAUUGUCACAUAAUGAAUAAAAUUAUAUUUCAUUCUUUAUUUAACCAUCAUUGAUGUUUGAAUAAAGAAUGAAAUAUUGUAUCACUAGGCUUCUCUUAACUUCUUUGAUUUCAUCAUUCUUACAUAAAAUUAUGAUUAUGGAAUGACAAUGAUAGAUAAGACUGAUUUUGCUAAGACAGUGAUGCUAUUGAUAAAUCAAUGAUGUUUCUCAUAAUACAACUAUAAUAUAUGAUGAUGAUAAGAAACUGAUGAGACAAUAUUAAUUAUUAAACACAAUGUUGCUAAGGAUGACACUAUGGUUUAUUUUUUUACUCUUGUCAGAGUUAUAUCGUUCACAGUGUAAGAACUUUACAUAAAACAAGGAAUUAAAAACUUGGCACGGUUAAGUUAGGUAUAUAUUUUACCCAUUAUUAUUUCAUGAUUUAAGCCCAUUGAAAAUAUUGCUUAAUAAAUAUACAUUUACAUAUCUUUCAUUAAACUUUUACUUAUAUUUAUUAAUAAUAAUAUUAAUAAUAAUUAAUAAUUAAUUUAAUAAUAUUUAUGUGAUGAAUCAAAAAAUAUGUGGAUUGCAUGCAGUGUCUCUUGUUAUUUUUUAUUAAAUUAUUUUAAGAGAUUAAACAUUUUUUUUAGUGGCAUGUCUUGAUUAUAUUUAUAUUUUUAAAAUUUAUUUACACAUAUGUCACAAAUAUUACAAAACUGGCUUUAAAA